CCUUCACCGGCUCCCUCUGAACUCAUAUACCUCCUCAAAACCACGGCUCUAAAGCCAGGCUAGUGGCUGGGAGCUGCAUUGAGGAGAGAGGCACUUGCAGCUUUUGGUUGGCCCCACAGGAUGGAAGACAAGAACAGACUCCAGGAAGUUGUCCUUUGGCCUCCAAAGAUGUGCCAGGCAUGCAUGCGUCCUACCCCAAUAAACAAAUUAAAAAUAAAGGUCGCCAGCACAGAGGAAACCUCUUCUUCCUCUGAGAUCAAGGUCAGCCUGGUCUACAGUGAUUUCCAGGCCUAUCAGGGCUACCAAGCUAUGAGCCAGUCUCAAAUAAAUAUUUAAGAAAGAGUCCUUGGGAGCUGGAGAGAUGGCUCAGAGGUUAAAGGCACUGGCUGCUCUACCAGAGGUCCUGAGUUCAAUUCCCAGUAACCACAUCAUGGCUCACAACCAUCGGUAAUGAGAUCCAGCACCCUCUUCUGGCCCAUAGGGAUACACACAGACAGAACACUGUAUCAAUAAUUUAAAAAAAUGUAGGAAAGAGUCCUUGGGGAAAGGAGACAGAGGAUUUCCCUGUAGGGGCGAGCGGCCUUUUUGAGGUCUGAACUCUUGUGGGUCCUCCACGUGUUUCCGUCCCUGUGAAACCAACGUGACGCAGGCAGAAGCCUACGGUCUCUUUAAGAAACCCGGCUCCGAGAGCCCGAGGAGGCUGAGGUCCCGCCUCCUCCAAGUGCACUGUCCAAUAGUAGCGCUUGGGGGUGGGGCUGGUGCAGCCCGGGGCGCCGGGGUGUGAAGGGCGUCGCCUGCAGUUGAGGUGGGGGCUCCUCUUAAAGGGGCCGCGCACCCCUGCCGCUGCCGGGCGGAGUUUGGGGGCUUCGGAACGGAGAUUCCUGCUGCUCAGUGCGAAGGGCGGAUGACUGGUGGAUUGAAGGAUGAAGACCAGAGACCGUCAGGCAUUGCCUUGAACCACACAGCUCACCCUUAGCCUGUUUUGCGCUCCUUUCUGCUCUGUUCUUCGUCCAGAGUCGUCAUGGCCUUCUGCACACAGCUGAUGCUCCUCCUGUGGAAAAAUUACACGUAUCGAAGGAGACAACCGAUCCAGCUACUGGUGGAACUACUGUGGCCUCUCUUCCUCUUCUUCAUCCUGGUGGCCGUCCGCCACUCCCACCCCCCACUGGAGCACCAUGAAUGCCACUUUCCAAACAAGCCGCUACCAUCUGCUGGCACCCUGCCCUGGCUGCAGGGCCUUAUCUGCAACGUGAACAACUCCUGUUUCCAGCAGCCAACGCCUGGCGAGAAGCCGGGGGUCCUGAGCAACUUUAAGGAUUCCCUGGUCUCGAGGCUCCUUACCGAUGCUCGUGCAGUGCUGGGGGGCCGCCGCAUUCGGGAGAUGCUGGCUGCCCUGGGGAAACUGAUGCCCCUGCUCAGAGCCAUGGGAGGUGGAGCCUGGCCACCAGAGAAUAACUUACCGAACAAGCAAACAUCAGUGACCGCUGAGCUCAAAAAGAUCCUGCAAGGGGCAUCCCUGGGACCUGUGCUGGGUGAAACCCGGGAUUCCAUGAGGGAGUUCUUGAAUGCCACCGGGGAGCUUAUGCAGGAGCUCCUGAUGCUGCCCAGCCUGCUGGAACUCCGAGCUUUGCUGCAGAGGCCCCGAGGGUCAGCUGGUUCGCUGGAGCUGGUUUCAGAGGUCUUUUGCAGUACCAAGGGGCCCAGCAGCCCAGGGGGCCUCUCCCUCAAUUGGUAUGACGCCAGCCAGCUCAACGAGUUCAUGGGUCCAGAGCUGGCCUCUGCCCAGCCUGACAUCAGCCUCAGCCCUGCCUGCUCCAAGUUCAUGGGGACUCUAGGUGACCAUCCUGUGUCGCGGCUGCUCUGGAGGCGCCUGAAGCCAUUGAUCCUCGGGAAAAUCCUCUUUGCCCCUGACACAAACUUUACCCGUAAGCUUAUGACCCAGGUGAACCAGACCUUUGAGGAGCUGGCUCUGUUGAGGGACCUACAAGAGGUCUGGGAGAUGUUAGGACCCCAGAUCUUCAACUUCAUGAAUGACAGUUCAAACAUGGCCAUGCUUCAGAGGCUGCUGGAAGUGGUGUACUCAGGGCCAGGGCAGGAGCAGCAGACACCCAGAGGCCAGAAGCAGUUGGUGACUAUCAGAGAUUUUCUGGACCCUAAGAGGGGUGGCUACAGCUGGCGGGAGGCCCACGCGGACAUAGGGCACCUGGCAGGAAUACUGGGCCAAAUCACAGAGUGUGUGUCCCUAGACAAGCUGGAGGCUGUGCCCUCAGAGGCAGCUCUUGUGUCCCGUGCCCUGGAGCUGCUGGGUGAGCGCCGCCUCUGGGCAGGCAUCGUCUUCCUGAGUCCUAAGGACCCCCUGGGUCCAUCUGAGCUGUCACCUCCAGCCUUGGGUCCUGGCCACCUGCGAUUCAAGAUCAGAAUGGAUAUCGAUGAUGUCACAAGGACCAAUAAGAUCAGAGACAAGUUUUGGGACCCCGGGCCAUCGGCAGACCCUCUCAUGGACCUUCGAUAUGUGUGGGGUGGCUUCGUGUACCUGCAGGACAUGCUGGAGCAGGCAGCCGUGCGUGUUCUGAGUGGAGGGAACUGGCGCACAGGCCUCUAUCUGCAGCAGAUGCCUCACCCCUGCUAUGUGGAUGACGUGUUCCUGCGCGUGCUGAGCCGGUCUCUGCCUUUGUUUCUGACUCUGGCCUGGAUCUAUUCGGUGGCGCUCACCGUGAAGGCAGUGGUACGCGAGAAAGAGACACGGCUGCGAGAAACCAUGCGCGCCAUGGGGCUGAGCCGCGCGGUGCUCUGGCUUGGCUGGUUCCUCAGCUGCCUGGGACCCUUCCUGGUCAGUGCCGCGUUGCUGGUGUUGGUGCUCAAGCUAGGGGACAUCCUUCCUUAUAGCCACCCGGUUGUCGUCUUCUUCUUCUUGGCGGCCUUUGCGGUGGCCACCGUGGCUCAGAGUUUUCUGCUCAGCGCCUUCUUCUCGAGGGCCAACCUGGCAGCUGCCUGUGGGGGCCUCGCCUACUUCUCCUUCUACCUGCCCUACGUGCUGUGUGUCGCCUGGCGCGAGCGCCUGCCCCUGGGCGGCCUUGUAGCAGCGAGCCUGCUGUCUCCCGUGGCCUUCGGCUUUGGAUGUGAAGGCCUAGCACUGCUGGAGGAGCAGGGGGAUGGGGCUCAGUGGCACAAUUUGAGCAGGAGCCCCGCGGAGGAUGUCUUCAGUCUGGCGCAGGUGUCCGCCUUCCUGUUGCUGGACGCCGCCAUCUACGGCCUCGCCCUCUGGUACCUGGAGGCCGUGUACCCAGGCCAGUAUGGGAUACCUGAACCAUGGAAUUUCCCCUUUCGGAGGAGCUACUGGUGUGGGCCUGGACCUCCCCAGGGUUCUGUCUUGGCCCCAGACCCACAAGAUGCCAAGGCUCUGGUGGAAGAGCCACCGCCUGGCCUCACUCCUGGAGUCUCCAUCCGUGGCCUGAAGAAGCACUUUCACGGCUGUCCACAGCCAGCCCUACGAGGACUUAGCCUUGAUUUCUACCAAGGCCACAUCACUGCCUUUUUGGGUCACAACGGAGCUGGCAAGACAACUACACUGUCCAUCUUGAGUGGUCUUUUCCCACCCAGUGGUGGCUCAGCUUCCAUACUGGGCUAUGAUGUGCAGACCAACAUGGCAGCCAUCCGACCCCACCUGGGCAUCUGUCCACAGUACAACGUGCUGUUCGACAUGCUGACCGUGGAAGAGCACGUGUGGUUCUACGGCCGACUGAGAGGUGUGCGUGCGGCUGCCCUGGGCCCCGAGCAGGAGCGUCUGAUACAGGACGUGGGGCUUACCCCCAAGCGGGACACGCAGACACAGCACCUCUCCGGUGGAAUGCAGCGAAAACUGUCUGUGGCCAUUGCCUUUGUGGGUGGCUCUCGUGUAGUUAUCCUGGAUGAGCCAACUGCUGGCGUGGACCCCACUUCCCGGCGUGGCAUUUGGGAAUUGCUGCUUAAGUACAGAGAAGAUCGCACGCUCAUCCUCUCCACGCACCACCUGGAUGAGGCGGAGCUCCUGGGAGAUCGCGUGGCCAUGGUGGCAAACGGCUCUUUGUGCUGCUGUGGCUCCCCGCUUUUCUUGCGCCGACACUUGGGCUGCGGUUACUACCUGACCCUGGUGAAGAGUGCCCGGUUCCUCCACACCCAGGACUCGAAGGGAGACAGUGGUGACCCCAGCCAGGAGCAGAAGCCAGACAGCAAGGACAACAUGGCAGUGUCCACAGGGACGACCCUCACCCAGGCCCUAGCUCCUGAUGCAGCCCCCCUCACCCCAAGUACACCCCAGAUACUAGACCUAGUGCAGCGUCAUGUUCCUGGAGCUCGGCUGGUGGAGGAACUGCCCCACGAGCUGGUGCUGGCACUGCCCUAUGCGGGGGCCCUGGAUGGCAGCUUUGCCAUGGUCUUCCAAGAAUUGGAUCAGCAGCUGGCAUCUCUGGGGCUCGCUGGCUACGGGGUCUCAGACACCAGCCUGGAGGAGAUCUUCCUAAAGGUGGUGGAGGACGCACACAGAGAAAGUAGUGACCUCAGACAGCACCUGCACCCUCACUCGGCCACUCUGCAGCCCCACACAGGGCCAGAGGCUUCCGCCCUGGAAAACGGGGAGCUGGGUGAGUCUCUCGCACACUUGCCACUCCCACUGUCAUCCCAAGGCACCGGAGGAGUUCGGGAGUUUAACCUCCCAUCCCCCACAGCCAGGUUGAUGUUGGAGCCCCAGGCCCUACAGGGCUCCACGGCCAGCACUGCCCUGGUGCGGGGCUGGGCACUGACUUGCCAACAGCUCCGGGCUCUGCUCCACAAGCGUCUUCUGCUGGCCCGCCGCAGCCACUGGGGCCUGUUUGCACAGGUGAUAUGUGACUGUCCUGGGUGUCUGGGGAGCCACGGGAGAGGGAGCAGGGUAGGAUGUGUGGAGGUGGGUGCUGACAGCCUUGUCCUCCAGAUUGUGCUGCCUGCUCUCUUUGUGGGCCUAGCCCUGCUCUUCAGCCUCAUUGUCCCUCCGUUUGGCCAGUACCCGCCCCUGCAGCUCAGCCCCGCCAUGUACGGCCCCCAGGUCUCCUUCUUCAGUGAGGACGCCCCUGGGGACCCCAACCGGGUGAAGCUGCUGGAGGCCCUGCUGGGGGAGGCCGGGCUGCAGGACCCCAGUGUGCAGGGCGGAGCUGCCAGGGGAUUCGAGUGCACAGACUCCGUGGCCUGCUACUUCUCCGUCCCUGAGGUCCCUGCGGAUGUGGCCAGCAUCCUGGCCAGCGGCAACUGGACUCCAGAGUCUCCGUCCCCAGCCUGCCAAUGCAGCCAACCUGGAGUACGCCGCCUGCUGCCGGACUGCCCAGUGGGAGCUGGGGGGCCGCCGCCACCACAGGCAGUGGCUGGCUUGGGGGAGGUGGUCCAGAACCUCACUGGCCGAAAUGUGUCUGACUUCCUGGUGAAGACUUACCCCAGCCUGGUGCGCCGGGGCCUGAAGACUAAGAAGUGGGUGGAUGAGGUCAGAUACGGGGGCUUCUCCCUGGCAGGCCGAGACCCAGACCUGCCCUCAGGGCGUGAAGUGGCCCACACAGUGGCAGAGAUGCGAGCACUGCUGACCCCCGAACCCGGCAGUGCCCUAGACCGUAUCCUGAACAACCUUACUCAGUGGGCCCUCAGCCUGGAUGCCCAGAGCAGCCUCAAGAUCUGGUUCAACAACAAGGGCUGGCAUGCCAUGGUGGCCUUCGUGAACCGAGCCAACAAUGGACUCCUACAUGCCCUCCUACCGUCUGCCACAGCCCGCCGUGCCCACAGCAUCACUACGCUCAACCAUCCUCUGAACCUGACCAAGAAGCAGCUGUCUGAGGCCGCACUAAUGACCUCCUCAGUGGACAUCCUUGUCUCUAUAUGCGUGGUCUUCGCCAUGUCCUUCGUCCCAGCCAGCUUCACCCUGGUCCUUAUUGAAGAACGUGUCACCAGAGCCAAACACCUGCAGCUGGUCAGCGGCCUGCCCCAAACCCUCUACUGGCUCGGCAAUUUCCUCUGGGACAUGUGUAACUACUUGGUGGCAGUGUGCAUAGUGGUGCUCAUCUUCCUGGCCUUUCAGCAGAGGGCCUAUGUGUCCCCACAGAACCUGCCCGCUCUCCUGCUCCUACUACUGCUAUAUGGCUGGUCUAUCACGCCUCUCAUGUACCCAGCCUCCUUCUUCUUCUCGGUGCCCAGUACAGCCUAUGUGGUGCUCACCUGCAUCAACCUCUUCAUUGGCAUCAACAGCAGCAUGGCCACCUUUGUGCUAGAACUGCUUUCAGAUCAGAACCUUCAAGAAGUGAGCCGGAUUCUGAAGCAAGUGUUUCUUAUCUUCCCUCACUUCUGCCUGGGCCGAGGGCUUAUUGAUAUGGUGCGGAACCAGGCUAUGGCGGAUGCCUUUGAACGCUUGGGAGACAAGCAAUUCCAGUCACCCCUACACUGGGACAUCAUCGGCAAGAACCUUCUGGCCAUGGUGGCCCAGGGGCCCCUGUUCCUCCUCGUCACACUCCUGCUCCAGCACCGCAGCCACCUCCUGCCACAACCCAAACCGAGACUGCUGCCACCCCUGGGGGAGGAGGAUGAGGAUGUGGCUCGAGAGAGGGAGCGAGUGACCAAGGGGGCCACCAAGGGGGACCUGCUGGUCCUCCGGGACCUGACCAAGGUGUACUGUGGGCAGAAGAGCCCUGCUGUGGAUCGCCUGUGCCUGGGGAUCCCCCCUGGAGAGUGUUUUGGGCUGCUGGGCGUCAACGGGGCAGGGAAGACAUCUACCUUCCGCAUGGUGACAGGGGACACGCUACCCAGCAGUGGCGAAGCGGUGCUUGCAGGCUACAACGUGGCCCAGGAUCCAGCUGCCGCACACCGCAGCAUGGGCUACUGUCCCCAGUCUGAUGCCAUCUUCGACCUGUUGACUGGCCGGGAACACCUGGAGCUAUUUGCGCGCCUGCGCGGGGUACCCAAGGCCCAGGUUGCCCAGACAGCGCUCUCGGGCCUAGUGCGCCUGGGCCUUCCUAGCUAUGCAGACAGACCUGCGGGUACCUACAGCGGAGGCAACAAGCGGAAGCUGGCGGCAGCCCUGGCUCUGGUUGGGGACCCGGCCGUGGUCUUUCUGGACGAGCCCACCACAGGCAUGGACCCAAGUGCACGGCGAUUUCUUUGGAACAGCUUGCUGUCCGUGGUGCGCGAGGGCCGCUCCGUGGUACUCACGUCACACAGCAUGGAAGAGUGCGAAGCGCUCUGCACGCGCCUGGCCAUCAUGGUGAACGGCAGGUUCCGUUGUCUGGGAAGCGCUCAACAUCUCAAAGGCAGGUUCGGGGCCGGUCACACAAUGACCCUCCGGGUCCCACCGGAUCAGGCCGAACCAGCGAUAGCCUUUCUCGUGGCCACAUUCCCGGGUGCUCAGCUUCGGGAGACGCAUGGCAGCCGGCUGCGAUUCCAGCUGCCACCUGGGGGCGGCUGCACACUGGCACGGAUUUUCCGCGAGCUGGCCGCGCAGGGCAAGGACCACGGUGUGGAGGACUUCUCAGUUAGCCAGACCACUCUGGAGGAGGUGUUCCUGCAUUUCUCCAAAGACCAAGGGGAAGAAGAGGAGGACAGUCAGCGGGAGCCUGGAGCCGAGAAGGUUUCCACACAGGGCCUGAAGCACCCCAAACGUAUCAAGCAAUUCCUGGAAGACCCUAGCUCUGUGGAGACCAUGCUCUGAGCAUGUCUGCCUUGGGUUGAGUGGUCCUUGAGCCAUACACUGGCUCCCUGGGGAAAUAAAGAGAACCAAGAAGA